AUGGACCCCAAACUGAGAAGAAUGGCGUCAGCUCUCCUUGCUCUUCUGCUGCUGCUUUUGGGAGGCAUGUCCUCUCCAUUCUCACCCCAGGCUGGGCUGCUUGAGAAGGUCUUCCGGUACAUGGAUCUGCAUCAGGAUGAAUUUGUGCAGACGCUGAAGGAGUGGGUGGCCAUAGAGAGUGACUCCAUUCAACCUGUGCCCCACCUCCGACAAGAGCUCCUCAGGAUGAUGGCCGUGGCCGCAGAGGAGCUUCGGCGCCUGGGGGCCAGCGUGGACCUCGAGGACUUGGGUUCUCAGCAGCUCCCUGAUGGCCAGACUCUCCCAAUACCUCCUGUCAUCCUGGGUGAGCUGGGGAAUGAUCCAGGGAAACCCACCGUGUGCGUCUACGGCCACCUAGAUGUGCAGCCAGCCACACAGGCUGAUGGGUGGCUCACAGACCCUUACACGCUGACGGAAGUGGACGGAAAACUUUACGGACGAGGAGCAACCGACAACAAGGGUCCUGUUUUGGCGUGGAUUAAUGCUAUGAGUACAUUUCGAGCCCUGGAGGAAGAUCUCCCCGUGAACAUCAAGUUCAUCAUUGAAGGGAUGGAAGAAGCCGGCUCUGUGGCCCUGGAGGAACUGGUCAGGAAAGAGAAGGACAGGUUCUUUUCCAGCGUGGACUACAUUGUGAUUUCAGAUAACCUGUGGGUGAGCCAGAGGAGGCCAGCACUCAUUUACGGAACUCGAGGGAACUGCUACUUCACGGUGGAGGUGACAUGCAGAGAUCAAGAUUUUCAUUCAGGAACCUUUGGUGGUAUUCUUCAGGAGCCAAUGGCUGAUUUGGUGGCUCUUCUCGGUAGCCUCACAGACUCUGCCGGUCACAUUCUGAUCCCUGGGAUCUAUGAUCACGUGGCUCCUCUCACGGAAGAGGAGAAAGAACUCUAUGGCGCCAUCGACCUGGACCUAGAAGAAUACCGGAACAGCAGCCGGGUUAAGAAAUUUCUGUUCGACACCAAGGAGGAAAUUCUGAUGCACCUAUGGAGGUACCCAUCUCUUUCUAUCCAUGGGAUCGAGGGCGCAUUCGAUGAGCCUGGGACUAAAACAGUCAUACCUGGCCGAGUUCUAGGAAAAUUUUCCAUCCGCCUGGUCCCUCACAUGAAUAUGUCUGUGGUGGAAAAACAGGUGCAGCAGUAUCUCCAGUAUAUAUUCUCCCAAAGAAAUAGUUCCAACCAGAUGGCUGUUUCCAUGGUGCUGGGACUGCACCCGUGGAUUGCAGAUAUUAAAGAUCAUCAGUAUCUUGCAGCAAAAAGAGCCAUCAAAACAGUGUUUGGAACAGAGCCAGAUAUGAUCCGGGAUGGAUCAACCAUACCAAUUGCCAAAAUAUUCCAGGAUAUUAUCCAGAAGAGUGUGCUGAUGCUUCCACUAGGUGCUGUUGAUGAUGGGGAGCACUCUCAGAAUGAGAAAAUCAACAGGUGGAACUACAUAGAGGGAUCCAAAUUGUUUGCUGCCUUUUUCCUAGAGGUGGCUCAACUGCAUGAAUAA